AGUUAGUGACGAUUCAGUACACAUUUCAGUGAGAUGGUGUCUCAGAGGUCAAAACUACACCUCAUCAUGAUCGUCGGACUGUUCAUCCUCAGUAUGAUGAGGAUUAGAUCACAAAGCUUCUUUCUCCCAAUGACACUUGGACCGAAUGAUGAAGUAACUGUCAAAUUUGAUAAGAUCAAUUUCACUUUGGACAAACAGCAUAACCUAACAGUUGAGGAUGUGAAAUGCACUUACAAGGUUCAAUUUGGCACAUCCUUAACCGAAGAGGAAUUGGCAACCAAAAGUGGAAAGCGUCUAGGUUCAAAGGAUUGUAAAAUGAUGCAACCAACAAGCCAUUAAAUUUUGAUUGUGCAAAACGAAAUUGAAGCUGCCACCAAAUCAGAUAUCGUAACUAUGGUAUCACUGAGGGAUAAUUUCAAGUGUGCUAUUUCAAACGCUCUGCUC